AUGGCGCCACGACUCUUCUGGAUCGGACUGGGGAACAUGGGACAGGGCAUGUGCAAGAACAUCGUCGAGAAGGGCAACCUCGACCAGCCGCUGCUCAUAUACAACCGCACGAGGCAGCGCAGCGUUGAGCUCAGCGAGAAGCUGGCCGCCGACAAGACGGCCGUCGUAGACUCGGUCGCCGAGGGCGUGACCCAGGCCGACGUCAUCAUCACGUGCGUCGCCAACGACAAGGCCGUGGAGGCCACGGUCGACGAGAUCAUCAAACAGGGCGGCGACAUCGCCGGCAAACUCUUCAUCGACUGCUCCACCAUCCACCCGGACACCACCGAGCGGAUCGGCAAGGCCCUCGCGGACGAGGGCGCCGAGUUCGUGGCCGGGCCCGUGUUCGGCGCGGCGGCCAUGGCCGAGUCGGGCAUGCUCAUCAGCGUGCUCGCGGGGCCUAAGACGUCGGUCGACCGGGCUAGGCCGUACUUCAAGGGCGUGACGGCGCGCGCCGAGAUCGACAUGUCGGGCGAGCCGUGGGGCAAGGCGCUGCUGCUCAAGGUGACGGGCAACACGUUCAUACUGGGCAUGGUCGAGAUGCUCGCCGAGGGCCACGUGCUGGCCGAGAAGACGGGGCUCGGCACCAAGUACCUAGACUCGCUAGUCGGGAACAUGUUCGGCGGCCCGUUCGGCGCCUAUUCAGCCCGCCUAGUGAGCGGCGACUAUUACAAGAGAGACCCGCCAGCGUUCGCCGUCGACCUCGCCCGCAAGGACGCCGGCCACGCCCUGUGCCUCGCCAAGGCCGCCGGCACGCGCAUGCGCAUCGUCGAGGUCGCCGAAGAGCACCUCAAGCUCGUCAAGGAGCACGUCGGCGAGAACGGAGACCUCGCCGGCAUCUACGGCGCUGUGCGGCGCGAGGCCGGCCUGGACUACCGCAACGAGGCAUGA